GAAACGCAGGAGUGAGUCUGAAGGAUUGCCGGCGAGGGUGCGCUUUAGUAAAGCUGAUCGCAGUAAAUGCGACCCUAUUUUAAGGCGAUUUAUAUUAGCGUAUGUUUAUUUAUUGUUCCUGGUGCAUGCCCUUAAUUUUACCGUAGUUUAAAUAAGCUGGGAUUUUGCGUGUCGGCCGUUAGUAUAUAUUGUUCUCCUUUUUACCUAGUGUGGUGUAGAAUUAAUAUUAUUUGAUGAUGAUUUGGGUAGUUCUCUGUGCCGGUCUAAUUUGCACACCCCUUCUGGCAAGUGCUAAUCUUUCCAAGCGGCACGCUAUCGGUUGCUCAGAGCGCUGUGAUAAAUCACUAUGUCCCCCAAUCCCGGCUGACUGCCUGGCCGGCGACAUCCUCGACCAGUGCGACUGCUGUCCGGUGUGCGCCUCUGGCGAGGGCGAAAUCUGCGGAAGACUGGGCGACCCGGAAUGCGGGGAGGGCUUGGAGUGCUCGGUUAGCGACGGCGUGGGCUUCUCCGCCACGGUCCGCAGGAGGGCGAAAACCGGAGUGUGCGUCUGCAAAAGUUCCGAAGCGGUGUGCGGCAGCGACGGAGUUUCCUAUCGCAACAUCUGCGAGCUGAAGCGGGUCAGCAACCGGGCUCAAAAGCUCCAGCAGCCGCCUGUCAUCUUUAUACAGAGAGGAGCCUGCGGUAAAGGUCAGGAGAACCCAGACAGCCUAAGACAUCGAUACAACUUCAUCGCCGAUGUGGUGGAGAAGGUGGCCCCCGCCGUGGUUCACAUUGAACUCUACCGCAAGAUGGUGUUCUCCAAGCGCGAGAUGGCUGUGGCCAGUGGCUCGGGCUUUGUCGUGUCCGAGGACGGGCUCAUCGUUACCAACGCUCACGUGGUGGCCAACAAGCAUCGCGUCAAAGUCGAACUGAAGAGCGGCGCCACUUUCGAUGCCAAGAUCAAGGAUGUGGACGAGAAGGCCGACAUUGCCCUCAUCAAGAUCGAUGCCCCGAUGAAGCUGCCCGUACUGCUACUGGGCCGCUCGGCGGACCUGCGGCCGGGGGAGUUCGUGGUGGCCAUAGGCAGCCCCUUCUCCCUGCAGAACACCGUCACCACAGGCAUCGUCAGCACCACCCAGCGCGGCGGCAAGGAGCUGGGUCUCCGCAACUCCGACAUGGACUACAUCCAGACGGACGCCAUCAUCAACUACGGAAAUUCUGGAGGUCCGUUGGUUAACCUGGACGGAGAAGUGAUCGGAAUCAACACCCUGAAAGUGACCGCGGGCAUCUCCUUCGCCAUCCCCUCCGACAAGAUCCGUCAGUUUCUGGCAGAGUCACAUGACAGGCAGGCCAAAGGUAAAACGGCGCCCAAGAAAAAGUACAUCGGCAUCCGGAUGAUGACUCUGACUCCGACACUCGCUAAAGAGCUUAAGGAGCGACAGAAAGACUUCCCAGACGUCACCUCCGGGGCGUACGUCAUCGAGGUCAUCUCGAAAACACCGGCUGAAGUAGCGGGCCUGAAGGAGAGUGAUGUCAUCAUCAGCAUCAAUGGGCAGCGCAUCACCUCUGCCAGUGACGUCAGCGGCGCCAUCAAGCGGGACGACAGCCUGCGGCUGGUGGUGCGGCGUGGGAAUGAGGACGUCAUCGUCACUGUCGUCCCCGAAGAGAUCGACCCUUGACCAGCGCCGGGCAGCCGCCGGUUUCCCAGCCCGUGGACCUCUCCGCGCCGGCACCGAGCCGCCGCUCUUAGAACCCGCAACCCGUAGUGUCGCUCUUAGCGGUCGGACGGAAAACUUUGUCCGCUCCAGGAGCUGUUCCGUGUGCGAAGAUUUGCAGCCGCGUUUUAGUCUCACUUCGCUAACCGUGCGUUUUACCUUACUUAUGUACGCUUCGAAAGACAUUACCACUGUCCGUGUACCUGCACUCGGUUGACCAGCGUCUUUACGGAAGAGCAUCGGGGCCACCUAAAAGGGAACAAAUUAUAAAACUUUUGAGAUUCAUGUCAAAAAUUCUGUGACUGAGGUCAAAUUUUGAGAAUAAAGUAGAAAAAUGAGAUUAAACCUGAAUUUUAUGGAUAGCUCGUCCUAUUAGAAAUGAGUCUUUAUUUCGUGCGGAAUGUGCCAGGAAGGCUGAAUUUGCGGCACCUGUAUGGUGUCAUCAUGUAAGACGAUUCACCCUCUACGGAUAUCUCACAGUCGCUCUCAGCCGACUUUCUUUUCUCUCGAGAGUUUGGAAUUAUUUCGACAUGAGUCAAACUUGAUCUCAAAAUUUUGGAUUUCAGACUCAAAUUAUUAAAUAAUUUGUGCUAUUAGCUGGCUCUACUCUUCCGUAUGUCUUAAUCCUUUGUGUUUCUACGUCAGUUUUUAUAUAUUGUAACUAAUCACUCAGAGAAGCCCGGCGCGGGACAUUCGACAGAAGAGUUGGAAUUGCAGGAUACUGUAGAUUUUUUUGUUAUUUUUUUUAUUUGAUUUUGUGUUGUUUCGUUUUCUUUUUGAUGACACCUAGGAGAAAAGGGAAUAAACGUUUUACCAUAGUCUUUUCCCGAAA